AUGGGUUCAGUGGCGAAAUCCACCGAGCCUUUUCACAUUGUAAAUCCCAAGCGGCAACGACAACCCCAAGUGAGCAAGUGGGGGCGCCAGCAGCCAUUGCAGCAGCGCGCGACGUGCUGUCCGACGAAGCCGAACUGGCGGUCGUUGACGCCCUGUCGUCAGACGAACGAGCUGCCGGGCGGGGACGAGCUGUCGGGCGAGAACGAGUUCACGCAUGAGGACGAUAUGCCGGACGAUGACAAACUGCAGCACGACGACGACGAGCUGCAGCAGGACGGCGAGGUGCUGGCGGACGAUGUCAAGCUGUCGGACGAGAACGAGCUGUCGGACAAGAACGAGCUGCCGGACGAGGAUGAGAUGUCGGACGAGAACAAGCUGGUGGUUGAGAACAAGCCGCAGAACGGCGAGGGCGAGUAG